AUUUGUGUUCUACAAGUAACCAGUGUCUGAAUGGUGGGACGUGUAAUACGAAUGAUCUGUGCACUGCUACACUCUGCGAAUGUCUACCCUGUUUCACUGGGCCCACUUGUGCUAACCGGUUGAACCAAUGUCAGAAUCCCAACCCUUGUCAGAACAAUGGAAUCUGCAUACCACAAGGAAUAGGAUGCUCAGACUUCGUAUGUCAGUGUGAUGCAUGCUACUUUGGAAAUACCUGUUCGGAAAGAAUAGACCUUUGUCAAACGAACAACCUCUGUAGUAAUGGAGGAUUAUGCGUGAUGUCACCUGAUUGUACGUCAACAUCAUGUACGUGUACGGGUUGUUUCACUGGACCUUCAUGCAGUUCAUUGAUGAAUCCAUGUAGUAGUUUCCCGUGUCAAAAUGGAGGUCAAUGUUUUGGUAUCAGUGGUUCCUGUACAGACUUCACCUGUCAAUGUCAAGGAUGUUUCACCGGCGACCGUUGCACCAUUGCCCAAAGUCCUUGUAGUCCCAAUCCUUGCAUUAAUGGUGCGUGUCAGAUCAGUAGCAUCUCACCAUGCACACAAUACAGCUGCCUCUGCAACUUGUGCUACACAGGACAGAACUGCGAUGUUCCCAUUGAUCCAUGCGCAAACAACCCUUGUCUGAAUGGAGGAACAUGUCAACAAGAUCAAAACAACUGUCUCAAUUUCAUCUGUAGCUGCGAUGCCUGCUUUCAAGGACCAACCUGUGCCACUGAUUUGAACGCUUGUCUAAACAAUCCUUGUGCUAACGGUGGGGCCUGUAUCAUUAACCAAGGUUCGUGUACAUCGUUCACAUGUCAGUGUCCACCAUGUGUGGAAGGAUCACUGUGUCAACAGGGUAUAACACCCUGCAGCCCUAAUCCUUGUCAGGCUAAUGGUUUGUGUAUUCCCUCAUCUACUGUGUGCACUGAAUAUAGCUGUAUCUGUCGAGAUUGCAACACAGGAGUGAACUGCGAAACAUUGUUGGAUCCUUGCAGUAACAAUCCAUGCGACAAUCAGGGAUCAUGUGUUCCGGUUACCUGUACUGACUAUAGCUGUACCUGUCAAGGGUGUUUUACUGGACAGAACUGUCUUACUCCUAUUACUCCUUGCUCGCCGUCGCCGUGUAUGAACGGGGCCGCCUGCGUUCCUCUUAGUGGAUCAUGCGAUGGUUUUACAUGUCAGUGUGUUGGAUGCUUCCAGGGACAAUUUUGUGAAAAUGCUCAAAAUCCCUGCGAUCCCAACCCAUGUCAGUUAAAUGGAGUAUGUACUGCAACGCCAGGGUCCUGUACGGGGUUUACGUGUGAUUGCCGGAGCUGCAGCACGGGAAUUACUUGUGAAACAUUACUGGACCCUUGUGCAGUAAACCCAUGUGAUAGUGGAGGUGUUUGUCUCAGGCUGUCAUGCGUGGACUACGUGUGUCGCUGCCCAUCUUGCUUCGAGGGAGACAACUGUGAAAUAAUAUCUGAUGCUUGCUCCACCCUGACAUGUUUGAAUGGCGGUACAUGUCAACCAUUAUCAUGCUCUGUAGCUACGUGUCAAUGCCCCGGAUGUUACACUGGGCCUAACUGUGAACUAUUGCAAGAUCCAUGUAAUAACCACGCCUGUCAGAAUCUAGCGACCUGUGUCCCAGUACCAGGAUCGUGUUUCCAGUAUACAUGUGAAUGCCAGGGGUGCUUUGAAGGACAAUUCUGCCACUUACCUAUUGAUCCAUGUCAGAGUUUCCCAUGUCAGUUUGGUGGUGUCUGUAGCUUGGUGGCUGGAGAAUGUAAUAGCUUUACAUGCCAGUGUCAAGGAUGCUUCACUGGACCAACCUGCUCAGAUCUUAUGAAUCCGUGCGAGCCGACCGUGUGCCAGAAUGGAGCCCUCUGUCGUUCACUAUCGUGCACCGAUUAUGAGUGUGCAUGUGUUGGGUGCUUUAACGGAACCAACUGUGAAAACUUUAUUGACCAGUGCAGCACAAGCCCCUGCUCGAAUGGAGGAAUGUGUGUAGCUCUAGCUGGAUCGUGUCAAGGGUAUACAUGCCAAUGUGAAGGCUGCUUCAUAGGAUCCAACUGUGAAAUAGCAAUUACCCAGUGCGAUCCAAACCCUUGUUUCAACGGAGGUACAUGUAGUAGCAAUGGAGCAUCAUGUGCCGAUUUUACUUGUCAAUGUGCAGGCUGUUAUACGGACAGAAAUUGCCUUACAGAGGUUCAUGCGUGUCAAGCUGCUCCAUGUUUAAAUGGUGGUGUAUGUGAGCUUGUACAAGAUUCAUGCACUCAAUACACGUGUAGCUGUCAAGGAUGCUUCCAAGGAGAUACAUGCCAAACAUCAAUUGAUCCCUGUGAUACUAACCCGUGUUUGAAUGGAGGAUCAUGUAUCCGAGAAGGAGGGACGUCAUGCAGUGUAUCAGCCUGUAUCUGUCCGCCAUGCUUCACCGGAUUAUUCUGCGAAACCGCGAUUGACGCGUGUACUGAUAAUGGCAACCCUUGUGCUAAUGGUGGUAUGUGUCAGCUAUCGCAAGGAUCAUGUACGUCAUUUCAAUGUCAAUGUCCCGGAUGCUACGUGGGCACUACUUGCAACACAUUGUUGGAUCCUUGUCAGAACAAUCCAUGUUUCAAUGGCGGUCAGUGUCAGCAGGUGUCUUGUACUAGUUACGCGUGUGAUUGUGUAGGAUGCUGGAGUGGCGACAGGUGUCUUACAUUUGUGGACCAAUGUAGCCCCAACCCUUGUUCGAAUGGAGGUGCUUGUACCAGGAUGGCUGGAUCCUGCACUGACUUCACUUGUACCUGUCCGUUCUGUUACACUGGAGAUAAUUGCCAAACAUGGAGGGAUCCGUGUAACAACUCACCCUGCAUAAAUGGCGGACAGUGUUCAUCAACUCUGGCUUCUUGUACAUCCUACCAGUGCCAGUGCUCAGGAUGCUUUACAGGAGCACGAUGCGAAAUAGGACAAAAUGCUUGUGCGAACCACCAAUGUCAGAACGGAGGAAACUGUGUAGCUAAUGUCAACUCUUGUGUCGACUACACAUGCCAGUGUCCCGACUGCUACUCGGGAACGUUCUGUGAAGUCUUUUUCAAUCCAUGCAGUAGUUUCCCUUGUGAGUUUGGAGGCACAUGUUCAGUAUUGACUGGUCGAUGUGAUCAGUAUCAGUGUAGAUGUACGGACUGCUACCAAGGACAGAACUGUGAAGAAUUUCAGGACCAAUGCAGUCCUAACCCAUGUCAGAACAGUGGAUUCUGUAUCCGUACCUCUGGAUCAUGCACUGAUUAUACAUGCCAAUGUCAACCAUGCUAUAUAGGCGACCAGUGCCAGACAAGAUUAAACCAAUGUUCACCCGAUCCGUGUAUGAAUGGAGGAACCUGCGAUGCUGUAGGGACCCGAUGUCUAGAUAUCAUCUGUCGUUGUCCACAGUGCUAUGUCGGGGAUAGAUGCCAAACAAGAUCCGACCAGUGUUCACCUAACCCUUGUCGCAGCGGUGGGAUAUGUCAACCUGUCGAUGGGUCUUGCAUUGCCUACACGUGUGACUGUCCUGGAUGCUAUACUGGAAGGCUGUGUGAGACGCUACUUAUGCCAUGUGCCAGUCGACCAUGCUUUAACGGCGGUUCGUGCUCGGCUAUGACCGGAUCAUGUACUCAACAUCAAUGUUCGUGCACGGAUUGCUACAGAGGCCAGAAUUGUGAACAAUUCAUUGAUGCCUGUGAGACGAACCAAUGUCAGAAUAGUGCUGUAUGUGAAGCCGUACCAGGCUCAUGUGUCGACUACUCAUGCCAGUGUCAAGGAUGCUUUAGAGGACAAUUCUGUGAACAGGUAAUAGAACCAUGUGAGAAUAACUUGUGUUUGAAUGGAGCUCUGUGCGUACCCACUGCUGGGUCAUGUGAUCAGUAUACAUGUAGCUGUACAGGAUGCUAUACUGGACAGUUCUGUCAAACAUUGUUGGAUCCCUGUCAAUCGCUUGCCUGUCUGAACGGUGCUGCCUGUACGGCGUUAGACUGCUUCACUCGUCAGUGUCAAUGUACAGAUUGCUUUCAGGGAGAUAAUUGUGGAAUGAGUGUAAAUCCCUGUGAGGGGCAGCCGUGUUUGAACGGUAUCUGCUUCGUAUCAGCUAGCUCAUGCAAUGAAUUCAUAUGUCUGUGCUCUGGAUGUUUUGUCGGAGAUACAUGUGAGACAGAUGUUGACCUCUGUACGACGGCUAACACUUGCCAGAACGGAGCAAGUUGCCUACAGAGAGCAGACUGCAGUGGGAUUCAGUGUACCUGUGGCCCCUGUCAUACGGGAGAACUCUGUGAAACAGCUGCUGAUUCAUGUAGCAGUGAUCCAUGCCAGAACGGAGGAACAUGUAAUAGACUCUGUGAUAUCUAUAGCUGUACAUGCCCAUCGUGCUUCACAGGCAUUCAUUGUGAAAUCAUGAGAGAUCAAUGUGCAGGUUUUCAGCAGUGUUUUAAUGGAGGAACGUGUGUUCAAUCUCAAGACUGUCUGUCAGUGACAUGCCUCUGCCCAACAUGUGUGACUGGUGAUAGAUGUAUGACAAUUAUCGAUCAGUGCUCACCGAAUCCAUGUCAGAACUCUGGAUCCUGUGUUAAGACUCCAGGCUCCUGCACUGACCUUACCUGUUCCUGUACAUCAUGUUUCGAGGGAACCGUCUGUGAACAAGCGAAAGAUCCGUGUGCUUCUAGCCCAUGUUUGAAUGGAGGGACGUGUAAUGGAGUUGCUGGAUCAUGUUUGACAUAUGCCUGUGAUUGCCAAGGUUGUUAUAUUGGUAGUCAGUGCCAAACCUUACAAAAUCCUUGUGACAACAACCCGUGUGGUAAUGGAGGUACCUGCAUCCAGACACCAGGAUCGUGCAAUAACUUUCAAUGUCUCUGCACUGAAUGCUUUACUGGAGUACUUUGCACGUCACCCAUCAGUGUCUGCAGUAGUUUCCCGUGUAUGAACGGUGGUCAGUGUUUCCAAGAUGGUAGCUCGUGUCUUGCCUAUGUAUGCCAAUGCCGGGGGUGUUUUGCUGGUACAAAGUGUGAGAAUGCUAUCAACCCAUGUAUUAGUAACCCUUGUGGAUCCGGCGGGUUAUCAGGCGGGUUAUGUUCACAGAGUAGUGUCGAUUGCAAUCAAUAUACCUGCAUGUGCACUGGGUGUAACCAAGGAACUAACUGUGAUACAGUUCCACAGCCAUGUAACCCGAACCCCUGUAUAAACGGCGGAUCGUGUAGUCAGCUUGGUUGCACUAACUACCUGUGUCAAUGUGAUUCCUGUUGGACGGGAACCAACUGUGAUUCAGCUGUGGACCUUUGUCUCACGCAAAACUUUUGCCAAAAUGGAGGAACCUGUCUUCAAAAUGUAGAUUGUUCAACGACACUUUGCUUCUGUGAUUCCUGCCACACCGGGAACAACUGUGAACUUGAUGUUGACACGUGUGCUAUGUCUGGUAAUCCUUGUCAGAAUGGAGGUUUAUGUCAGAGCAAUUGCCCAUCCUACUUAUGUACAUGUGACCAAUGUUGGACGGGACAAGACUGCUUAACACCUGUUGAUGCAUGUGCAACGAAUCCUUGUCAAAAUGGUGGAAUCUGUUCAAACUUCUGUUCUUUUCACACCUGCUCAUGUUCAUCAUGUUGGACUGGACAAAACUGUGACACGGCUGUGGAUAUGUGUAGCAGUCAACCGUGUUUGAAUGGAGGUACCUGUUCUUCCUCUGUGGAUUGUCUGUCUUCUGUUUGUCAGUGUCCUAGCUGCUUUUCAGGGUCACGAUGUCAAACCUUUUCUGAUCCAUGCAUACCAAACCCAUGUCAGAACAAUGCAAUAUGCGAAGUCACCCCUGGAUCCAACUGCUUGAGUUUCACCUGUCUAUGUCCCACGUGCUAUCAAGGAUCAAUGUGCACGCAGAGACUUGAUCCGUGUUCGACUAACCCAUGUGGAGCCUUCGGAACAUGUCUAGAGGUCACGUGUCUUCAAUCUCAAUGUCAGUGUGACACCUGUCAUAGUGGAUUGAAUUGCCAAAUUGAACGCAACCCUUGUGCUACAAACCCUUGUACGAAUGGAGGCGCUUGUAUAGCACCACAGACGGGAUGUGAUACAUUCACCUGCCAAUGUCCUGCAUGCCAUAUGGGAUCAUUAUGUGAAUUUCCUAUUGAUCAGUGCCAGCCGAACCCUUGCCAAAACAAUGGACAGUGCUUCAAGCUUGAUAACUCAUGUACAGACUACAUCUGCUUUUGUGAAGGGUGUUUUACCGGAACGAGCUGUGAGACUGCUAUCAACCCAUGUGAAACGAACCAAUGUUUGAACGGAGGAACAUGUCAGCCGACCCCAGGAGACUGUACUCAAUUCUCAUGUCUGUGUGAAGGAUGCUAUACAGGGGAAAGAUGUGAAAUACCUCUGAACCCCUGCAGUGGUAAUCCAUGUGGUAUCGGUGGGGUGUGUACUUCUACCUCUUGUAAUACUCACUCCUGCCAAUGUGAUUCAUGUCAUGCUGGGAUAAAUUGUCAAGCAGAUGUGAACGUAUGUUUACUGGCCAAUCCAUGUCGGAAUGGAGCAACAUGUUUUUCUACCAGUGACUGUGCGUCAGCUUUCUGUGCAUGUACCUCGUGUUACACGGGACAGUUCUGUGAAUUAGAAAUUGACUUCUGUCUGAGCAGAAAUGACUUCUGCCUCAAUGGUGGAUUUUGCGUCACAAGUUGCCCGGAUGUCCGAUGUGUUUGCAGUCAGUGUUUCACAGGAGAACAAUGUGAAAUAGCGAUUGAUUCCUGUGCAUCUGAUCCCUGCUCCAAUGGAGGUACUUGCACCAAUCAGUGCUCUAGUUUUUCCUGUCAGUGCCCGCCAUGUUACACAGGUCUGCAGUGCCAAUUAUAUCAGGGUGCAUGCACAGUAAACAGAUGUGAAAACGGAGGCGCAUGUGUGGAGUCACCCAACUCUUGCCUUACCUACACAUGUACGUGUUCUGGAUGCUACACUGGAACAUCAUGCAAUCUGUUGCUGAACCCGUGUUCACCCAACCCGUGUAGCAAUGGAGGUACCUGUGAUCCUGUACCUGGAUCAUGUUCAGACUACACCUGCUCCUGCCCUGGAUGCUGGACUGGCACAAAUUGUCUUACCUUUGAUAACCCCUGUCAAAGUAAUCCCUGUGCCAACAAUGGUUUGUGUCAACUGACUGGUAAUGCUUGCACCUCCUAUACAUGUCAGUGCGAUGGAUGUUGGGUUGGACUGUUCUGUACUGUAGACAACAAUGCCUGCUCGCCAUCUCCUUGCUUCAACGGAGGCACAUGUAUAAGAUCAAACUCCAAUUGCGACGGUUACUCCUGCCAGUGUCCUGAAUGUUCCACCGGAUCACAAUGUGCACAAGCGAUUGAUCCGUGUUUUGCGAACCCAUGUCAGAACGGAGCAUUGUGUGCACCAUCUCCAUCAUCUUGUACGCAGUUUGAAUGUCAGUGUGUUGGAUGUUUCUCAGGACCAACUUGCUCGACAGUUAUUGAUCCAUGUCUCAACGACCCUUGUGCCAACGGUGGAACAUGCUUCACAUCAGACGACUCAUGUGAAGGAUAUCGUUGCCUAUGUAUUGACUGUUGGUCUGGUCAGGACUGUACUAUAGCGACUAAUCCUUGUAGCACGAACCCCUGUCUUAAUGAUGGCACGUGUGCUGCUCAACAAACCGACCCAGCGCAAUGCCCUACCUUCACUUGUCAAUGUCACUCAUGCUUCUCAGGACAAUUCUGCCAAACAUUUGAGGAUGUAUGUAGUAACGGACAAUGUCAGAACAAUGCGAGAUGUCAAGCAGUCCUGGUUACUAACCAAAUCUGUCCGAUACCACAGUGCGAAUGCAUCGAUUGCUGGAUGGGAGACGACUGUACAGAAGCUCUGAAUCCAUGUCUAAGUAAUCCAUGUUUUAACUCUGGUACCUGUUUGACUGUCACUGGUCAGGGAAGCACAUUGUGCCCAUAUCACUUGUGUCAGUGUCCGCCUUGCUUGACCGGACCAAGCUGCCUUUCAGUUGUGAACCCAUGCGGUACCAAUCCCUGUUUCAACGGAGGGACAUGUGCUCAGAGUACAUCAGACUGCAACCAAUAUGUGUGCCUCUGUCCUGCAUGCUACACCGGCCAAACCUGCUCAACGUCGAUCAAUUUUUGUGAUUCGAGUCCAUGCAUGAAUGGUGGCACUUGCCUUCAGAGUGGUCAAUCCUGUGAUUCGUUCUUCUGUCAAUGUCCUGAUUGCUUCAAUGGAGAACAAUGCCAAGAACCUAUCAGCCCAUGUGAUCCCGAUCCCUGUCUGAAUGGAGCAACCUGCCUUGCCGCUGGAGGCUCAUGUACGGAUCAUAGUUGUCAAUGCCCAAGGUGCUUCGAGGGCACAUCUUGUGAGAUACCUGUGAAUCCCUGCAGUACCAAUCCAUGUCAGAACAGUGGUAGCUGUAUGCCAUCUGUAGGAGACUGUGUAGAUUAUACAUGUCAGUGUACUUCAUGCUGGUCCGGUCCAUUAUGUACUUUAGGUAUGGAUGUAUGUGCAAGCAAUCCGUGUGCAAACGGUGGGGUUUGUCAAACAACCGCUGAUUGUUCGGUCUAUGUCUGUCUCUGUGCUGACUGCUGGGAAGGACUAACAUGUCAAAUUGACCUGGGCAUAUGCACCAUAGGAGACCCAUGUUUGAAUGGGGGCGUUUGUAUACAAGAUUCAAAUGUCUGUUCAUCAGCUUCGUGUGACUGUCCAGCGUGCUUUGAAGGAGACACGUGUCAAAUUGAUACUGAUGCAUGCAACAGUAACCCUUGUGAGAACGAUGGAGUGUGUACGUUAGAAGCAGGAUCUUGUGCAAACUGGACCUGUACCUGCCCGGAAUGCUGGUCAGACGACACCUGUUCUAUACUGCUCGACAGCUGCUCUGCCAACCCUGACUUCUGCCAGAAUGGUGGUACAUGUAUCAAUAACUGUCCCUCACAACUCCAACCAGCUUGUCAGUGUACUGAAUGUUGGACUGGACCUCAAUGCGACAUAGCUAUCGAUGUAUGUUCUUCCAACCCAUGUGUGAACGGAUCAUGUGUCAACCAAUGUUCUUCAUAUACCUGUCAGUGUGAUACCGGCUACAGUGGCAUCAACUGUCAAAGAGAUGUAUGCGACCCAUCGCCAUGCCAGAAUGCAGGGACCUGUCAAUACGUCAAUGGAACAUCUUCUUACAGGUGUCAAUGUGACGAAUGCUAUCAGGGACCGCUGUGUGAACUAGACGUUGACACUUGUUUCAGCCAACCAUGCCUGAAUGGAGGAACAUGUGAAAACCUGUGUACUCAUUUCGCCUGCUACUGUCCGGCAUUAUGGACUGGAGUCAACUGUGGAAUCAGAGUGAAUUUCUGUCUGAGUUCACCCUGUCUGAAUAACGGUCAAUGUAGCAAUGAGCCAGCAGGUGGGAUAUCAUGUCUAUGCCCACCUGGAUUUACAGGAGCCUUGUGUGAAAUAGAUAUCGAUGAAUGUUCGAGUAACCCAUGUGUUAAUGGUGGGACAUGUACGCUGCUUUCUUUUGGUGGAUACCUCUGCAACUGCCAGCAAAACUUUGCAGGCGACAACUGUCAAAUGACCGUUGGAUGUAGUGCUAACUUCAGCUUACUAGCUGAUGAUGAGGUUGAACUGACGUCACCAAACUAUCCAGAUAAUUACCCGGAUGAUUUGCAAUGUCUUUGGUCUUUCACUAUGCCAUCUGGGAGGCGAAUCAGAGUCGUGUUUGGUAACUUCACUACCGAAGCCAACUAUGAUUAUCUUCAGAUUGGCAACGGACUUGAUCCUACAGACACUAGUUCAAGGGUCAUCUACCAUUCAGGAGCAUCGCAACCAAGCAACUUCAUAUCUUCUGGCAACACGUUGUGGGUGUGGUUUACAACAGAUGAGAGCAAGACUUAUCAAGGGUUUUCAGUUGAAAUCAAAGAUAAUAGUAUACCAGUGAUUCCCCCAUGCUCAAGUAACCCAUGUUUGAAUGGAGGUACAUGUGCGGAUACCAUAGAGAGUUAUGUAUGCAUCUGUACUUUCAACUGGGCUGGACUCCAUUGCCAAAACGAAGUAUCUUGUAAUCCCAGCCCAUGUUUGAACGGAGGAACAUGCAAUCCGUUAGCUGAUGGGAGUAUCAGAUGCUUAUGCCCGAGCGGCUUCCUGGGGGAUAGGUGUGAAACGGCUAUAUCUGAGACAUGUACGAAUGACCCGUGUUUCAAUGGAGGUACCUGUACACAAGACACACCCUCUUCCAUAUUGUGUAUGUGUUCACAAGGCUUCACUGGUCAGUUAUGCCAGUCAGAUGUGGACGAAUGCCUGUCGCUGCCUUGCAUCAACAAAGGUACAUGUAUCAACGGAGUGAACCAGUUUUACUGCAGCUGUCCCGAUGCCUACUCUGGGGUCACGUGUGAAAUUCAAGUACUAUGUGAACAAAACCAUUGUUUGAAUGAUGGUCAAUGUAUUCCUCUACCUGAUGGUAACGACACCUGUCAAUGUACAGAGGCAUGGACUGGAAGCAUAUGCGAUCAAGAUGUGGACGAAUGUCUGACCAUGCCAUGUGUAGCAGGUACGUGUGAGAAUCAUCUUGAUGGAUUCACAUGUAAAUGUGAAGACGGAUUCACAGGACCGAGGUGUGAUCUUGCCACUGGUGUUGGUUGUCUAGAGAGCCCAUGUGGGUUUAAUGGCAUAUGUAGCGACCUGGAAGAUGGAGAGUUCCUUUGUACGUGUAACCCUGGAUACAUGGGAGAACGAUGUGACAUAAAUAUUGAUGACUGUUCCAGUAUUCCUUGUCGGAAUGAUGGUCGCUGUGUUGAUCUAGUAAAUGGUUACCAGUGUGUCUGUGUUGUAGGGUAUACAGGGCCACAAUGCUCAUUAGAUAUUGAUGAGUGUCUGAGCGAACCUUGUCUGAAUGAUGGUUUAUGUGUGGAGGUGAUCGGUAGAUACAUGUGCUUCUGUGGACCAGGCUUUAGUGGAGUAACCUGUGAGCUUCUUCUACCAGAGGGAGGUCUUCAGGGGACAGGUGGAGGUUACGCCUUAGAACCUUGGUGGAUUGGUGUCAUAGUAACCCUCAUCGUCCUCAUCAUCCUCUUCCUAUCAGUCCUGUGCUGGAGCUACAGGAAUCCUCUCAAACGUAAAGAGGCAAAACCCAGUUUUGAAUAAACUCUCCCACCCAGUUUGCUUUAUCAAUAUGUUAUCUACAUUAAUUAGAUUUCAUCUGUGAUCAAGGUAAACGAAUAAUUAUAAUUAUGACAGGAAUAAAUGGAUGGAUUGUUAACGCAUUUGGAGUUUAUAUGACUAUAGUAAAUAUGUUAUCGACUCAUUUAUGUUUUUGAUUAAAACAAUAAUUGCUAAGAUAUGAAAUUUCCGAAUGAUAUUCUGCUUAUUAUAUAUGUCAAUACUUUGAAUGAUAAUGUAUAUACAGUCAAACCUGCUUUAUUGACCACCUGUCUACAAAGACCACCUGUCUACAAAGGCCAUAUUUGUUGUUU